AUGGGACUUUCUUUGAGAAUGAGACGGCGAGGAGGGACCAAGAACGACGUAUUAACUCCAGCGAUUACUUCCUCCUCCUCGGAGGAGGAAGAGAUAGUGAUCCCGUCGCAGUUUCAAUGUCCAAUAUCUUACGAUCUAAUGAAAGACCCAGUGAUUAUCGCCUCAGGGAUCACCUACGACCGCGAAAACAUCGAGAAAUGGUUCGAGUCAGGUAACAAAACGUGUCCCGUGACCAACACGGUCCUAACCACUUUGGAACAGACACCGAACCACGCGAUCCGGAGGAUGAUUCAAGAAUGGUGCGUCGCUAACAAAGGAUCGUCGUUGGAUCGUAUCCCGACGCCACGUGUCCCCGUCACGAGCCAUCAAGCGGUGGAGAUUUGCGGGAAGUUGUUGUCUGCGACGCGGCGUGGGGAUCACGUGGUGUGUGCGGAGAUGGUCGAGAAGGUGGUGAGGUUAGGGAGGGAGAGCGAGAGGAACAAGAAAUGUUUUAGACAAAACGGCGCCGGGUUGGUGCUUUGUGUUUGUUUCGACGCGUUUUCGGAAAACGCGAACGUGUCGGAGCUGUUGGAGGGUGUUUUGUUUUUGCUGACGUGGAUGUUUCCGGUUGGGUCCGAGGGUCAAGGGAAGUUAACUUCCACGGCGUCGUUUAGUCGUUUAGUGGGGUUUCUGAAAAGCGGGGAUCAGAACGCUGCGUUUAUUGUGAAAGAGCUUUUAUCUCUUGAUGAAGCAAACGUUCACAAGUUAGCCGCGGUUAAUGGCGUUUUCGACGCGUUGGUGAAAUCGAUUCGCGAUUCUUCGUCCCUGACUUCGAUCUUCCACAUGAUCUCUGCUAAACCUGAGACUACGACGAGGUUUCUGGAACUAGGUUUGGUUAAUUCAACGGUUGAGAUGCUUGUUGACUCAGAGAAUAGCGUUUGCGAGAAAGCGUUACUGGUUCUAGACGCGAUUUGCGAAAGUGACGAAGGGAGGGAGAUAGUGAGAGGAAACGAGCUAACGAUGCCGAUUCUUGUGAAAAAGAUUCUGAAGAUUUCGGAGUUUGCCAAGAAGAGUUUGGUUUCUGUGAUGUGGAAGAUUUGUAAAAGUGGAGAUGGGUCUGAGGUUGAAGAAGCGUUGCGUUUAGGUGCGUUUAAGAAGCUUGUGGUGAUGUUACAAGUUGGAUGUGGAGAAGGAACGAAGGAGAAAGUUACAGAGUUGUUGAAGAUGAUGAAUAGAUAUAUGAAGAUGAAUGGAUUUGUUGAUGUUUCUGAUUCUUCUAUUGAAUUUAAACAUUUAAAGAAGCCAUCUUGA